AACACAGAGCAGGUGGGCGGGGCUAUCUCAGAUUAAAAAGCGUAAACCAAGUUGCCGAACCGGUCUUAAACCGAUAGCAAUGAGAGAUCUGGCUCACAUGUGACCUGGAUCGGUAGAAAUGGGGGUCGUGGCGGUGUCUGUGUGUAUGCUCGUGGGGAUCGUGUUUAUCUGCGAAAUCGCAAGGAAAGCGGCUGUGGUUCUGCUCUCCAGGAGGAGGAAGGGGGGAGAUCGCGGGAUCUACGCGGCUGAGAUCAUUUCUACGAUCCAGCUUUGCGCAUGCGCUCACGAGCUGAGGCUGCUGUCUGAAGACGCGCCCGGGAUCGCCCUGAGUCUGACCUACGUAGUGUCGGUGGUGCACGCGCUGACGUUCCGCGGCGCUGCCGGCAACCCCACGGCCUUGCUCGAGCGCUACUGGUGCGCCUCGGUGGGCGGCACAUGCGCGCUGUUGAGGGCCGCGUGCCAGUUCGCGGCGGCCGCUGCGACGGGUCCGUUGAUGCGUCGCGCGUGGGAUUUCGCGCUCUCUGAGCUGCACGAGCGCCACGCGCGCUCCGGCUUCGCGUGCGCGAGCCCGAUCGAUGACGUGCACGCGCUGCGGGCCGCGGGCGCGGAGCUCGCGUGUGCCUUCGUCGUGCACGCCGCAGCGACACUGACGCGCGGCGUGGAAGAGAAGUACAGAGUGCACGCUGUGGCCGCGGUGAUCACUACAGUGGUGUAUGCAGGUGGCAGUACAACAGGAGCUGUGUUCAAUCCAGCUCUUGCUUUUUCAGCACAGUUCCCCUGCAGUGGCAGCACGUUCCUAAAGAACAGCCUGGUCUACUGGCUGGGACCGGUUUUAGGCAUUGCAUGCUCUCUUCUUCUGUUUAAUAAAGUCUCACUGGCUUUUACUGCAAAGAGCACUACUCAUAAGGACCAGAACCUCCAUGCUGUCAAGAAGAAGAAGAGGAACUGAAAAACUGGAAUCUUUUAAAAUGCUUGUUUUAAUGUCUAUAGCACAGAAAGGUGCCUGUUUUAGCAGUAUCUGAAAUAAUGGUUGGUUAAAAUUAAUUUUUAUUUUUUUAAGUCUCACAGACAUUCUGUAACGGUGAGCGGUCCGUAUGCAAUCUUAUGCACUAAUGCAUGCGUAUAAAUAUCUAAACCUAGAUUUAAUUAAUUGCUGCUAUUAUUUCAGACUAUACACCAUACAGAUAAAAAGUAAUAGACAAAACACAACAGGUCUAUAAGAUCAAAAUUAAAUGCAAGUUCUUAUAACCUACAUUGUAUGUGUAGAGGCGAUAUACAGGUACAUAGUCAGACCAAAGAAUGUCAUUUCUGCAUUGUUCUGAUAAACUACUGAACACUAUUUAAGGAAUAUUCUGAACAUUUUACAGCUGCAGGGUUAAAAAGCAUUGAAUGUUGCACUCUUUUACAGAGAGAAGCUAUUAAUAGUACAAGCUAGUUAUAAGCAGAUACUGUGAAACUUCACAAAACAGAAAUUUUAGUCUUAAUCCAUAAAUUCGAGUGUCAUUAAAAAACUGUAUAACUGCAAUGCAACAUUCCUGGAAGCACAAGUAUGUGAAGGAUAAGAUUUUACGUCGGAAAAUCUUAUUUAGACUGUUUUCGCGUCUUUAGAUUUAGCGAUAUUUUACCAACAAAGUAAUUACUUCUCAGAAGUACUCAUUUUUACUUAUAUGCACAUUAUUGAUGGACUGUCUAGCCAGGAUGGAAAACUUUCAGUAGUUUUCCUGAGAAAGCACAUUUUGAAUACCUCUUAAUGUAUGUAGAAACUGGACCAAAGCUAAGUCUUUAAAGAUCUUAAUACUAGCGACAUCUCGCAAUAAAGGAAUGCCACUUGAACUCA